AUGUUUCCCCAGAGUUUCCCAACCUUUUGCGUGCGCACUCCAAAAAUGACGCGACGCGAGGUGGAAGAGAGAAGGUGCUACAGACCAAACAUCCACAAACCACCAGAUCAAGCGCUGAAGCUCGAGAUUGCUCAACUUUUCAGAAGGUUUACCGAAAUGGACGAUAUAUCUGUGGGCGAGCGCCAUAUAGACGAUAGUCAAUCCGUUAUAUCUUCGCAGGGUUCUUUGCAGUCUCCUACCGAAUCCUCUACAACAACAACACCUCCUGGGCUGCACAAGGAGGUGGAUGGUUUCAGACGCGUCUAUGAGGAGGGAAAGUUGCAGGGAGUGUCCUCUGAAGAUAUUAUAACCAUGGAUGAGGAUAUUUGUCAUUUUUUCGAGUAUCUGAACGAUCUUCUGCAUACCAUUGAAGAGAGGUCUGAUCUGAAGGAGAAUGAGGAUCGCAAGGCAAUAGAGGGGCUGAUUGAAAAAACACGCGCUAUGGUGUUGAAGUUGAGUUUAUCUCGGAAUCUUUCGAAUUUUCACACCAAAACAAACCAGGAGCACAGCGAUAUGGAAAGGACGAUAAUGACCAAGAGUCUGGAGACAUUCCAGAAGAAUUUAAGCAUGCUCCAAAUGAGCAACGAGGCCCUUCACUCCAAGAACAUCGAACUGAUGAAAAGAUAUCGUACUUUGAAAGACAGGAAACUCCGGAGUCUAAAACUUCAGAACUUACAACAGAAGAAAGAGUUGCAGCAGUUGCGAUCGCAACUGGGUCAGCAGGGUACGGAGACGAAUGAUUCGCAGAAUUUGUUGAACACAUUGGGGAUGUUGGCAUCGCAUGUUCUUGAAGAUGGCAAAACAUAA